AUGGCAUCCCGUCUGAUCCCUGGUGAUGGCAUUGGCCGCGAGGUCAUUCCUGCCGGUCGUCGCAUUCUCGAGGCCCUGCCCAAGUCUCUGGGCCUCAACUUCUCCUUCGUCGACCUGGACGCUGGUUUCGAGACCUUCCAGAAGACUGGAGCUGCCUUGCCCGAGAAGACUGUCGACACCCUGAAGCAGGAGUGCGAUGGUGCUCUCUUCGGUGCCGUGAGCUCGCCCACCACUCCCACCAAGGGCUACUCUUCUCCUAUCGUUGCUCUCCGCAAGCGUCUCGAUCUGUACGCCAAUGUCCGUCCCGUCAAGAGUGUCAAGAACACCACCAUGUUCCCCGACCCCAUUGACCUCGUCAUUGUCCGCGAGAACACCGAGGACCUCUACGUCAAGGAGGAGAAGACAUACGACACCGAGAACGGCAAGGUCGCUGAGGCCAUCAAGCGUAUUUCCGAGCGUGCCUCGAGCCGUAUCGCUACCAUGGCUGGUGACAUUGCCCUUCGUCGCCAGCGCGUGCGUGACUCAACCGGCCAGACCGGCAAGUCUGCCAACGUCACAAUCACCCACAAGAGCAACGUUCUCUCACAAACUGAUGGUCUCUUCCGUCUGACUGCUCGCGAGGCUCUUGCUCAACCCCAAUUCAAGGGCGUCAAUGUUGACGAGCAGAUCGUCGACAGCAUGGUUUACAAGCUGUUCCGCCAGCCCGAGACUUACGAUGUCAUUGUCGCUCCCAACCUCUAUGGUGACAUUCUCUCCGACGGUGCUGCCGCUCUUGUUGGCAGUCUGGGUCUUGUCCCCUCUGCCAACGUUGGUGAGGGCUUCGCCAUUGGUGAGCCUUGCCACGGUUCUGCUCCCGAUAUUCAGGGCCAGAACAUUGCCAACCCCAUCGCUACUCUCCGCAGUGUCGCUCUCAUGCUUGAGUUCCUUAACGAGGAGAAGGCUGCCGCCCUUAUCUACAAGGCUGUUGACGCCAACCUUGAGGAGGGUAGUNACUUGAGCCCUGACAUGGGUGGUCAGGCCAAGACCACUGAGGUUGUUGAGGACAUCCUCAGAAGAAUGUAA